ACAACAACUGUGCAUGACAGGAAAGCCAUUAUGAAGCUUCUGCCAGUGCGACCAUUAUAGCAUGGUUCAGUAGCAGCAGUAAACGAGUGGGCAGGUGGAGGACUGUCCAUGAUUGUACCCGGAAAAACAGGCUGGAUUAAAAAAAAAAAAAAAAAAACCCGCAAAGAAAUAGAUCGAACCAAGCUUCAAAAUUCGAUAAAAGCCUACUCGAGUGAAAAUAUAUCGGGAUUUCAAAUUCAUACCUGCAUUGAAGCCAUGGGAUCGACCAGCCCUCCCAAAGGCUGUGGUUCCAGUAUCAGCUCCAUAUUUUACAACCUGUGUGACCUCACUACAGUGUGGGGGGUCGUGGUGGAGGCCGUAGCCACUGCUGGUGUCGUCACCUCCUUCGUUCUCUUCAUUGUCCUCAUGGCCUGCUUACCAUUCGUGACGGACAAGAAGAGAAAGGCUAUGGUGGCCCUGCAGGCGGGCAUUCUGGUCUUUACUCUGGGACUCUUUGGACUCACUUUUGCCUUCAUCGUGGGUCGGUACUCCACCAGCUGUGCUGCUCGGAGGUUCCUCUUUGGAGUGCUGUUCUCAGGCUGUCUGUCCUGCCUGAUGAUGCACGCGUUGUGGCUGGCCCUGCUGCAGCGCGGCCGGGGUCCCAGAUGCUGGAUGUUCUGCCUGGGUGCGCUUGGUCUGUGGAUGGUGGAGGUGAUCAUCAACACUGAGUGGCUCAUCACCACUGUGGUCAGGAGCUCACCCGGAGAUGAAGCCGCCCCUGACCUCUCUUGCAGCUUUGAUAACCUGGACUUUGUGAUGGCGCUGAUCUACGUCAUGGUGCUGCUGGUCGCUGCAGUAGUGAUGUCUGUGCCCACGGUGACACACAAGCAGAAGCAGUGGCGGCGAGACGGAGCUUUCAUUCUGGUGACGGGGCUCUUCACCUUGGUCAUCUGGGUGACUUGGAUUGUCAUGUACCUCCAUGGUAACCAAGUGGUCGGAAGUCCGAGCUGGGAUGAUCCCACUCUGGCUAUAGCUUUGGUUUCAAAUGCCUGGGUGUUCCUCUUCUUCUAUAGCAUCCCAGAAAUAAGCUUACUGACCAAGGAGGACCCAGACCAUCCGCUGGAUGACGGAGAUCAUGUUUAUCCCACCAGGAGCCUGGUGUAUGACAACAUCCUGAAGGAGCCGGAGACACGCCCGCAGAACAUGUACAUAGAAAAUAAAGCCUUCUCUAUGGAUGAGCCUACAGUAUCCAUAAGGCCAGAGUCUCCGUACGGUUCUUAUAACGGCCAGAUGCGAAGUUGUGUGUACCAGCCCACUGAAAUAGCACUAAUGGCUAAGGGCUUAAGGAUAAACCAAGAAGCGAUGCUCCCCCGAGCCAGAACCCCGUCUUUGAAUCCGGGAUGUGUGGGCUCCCUGCCUCGUUCACACGUGUCCCUACCUUCUUAAGGACUGUCACAUGCAGAAAGUAGGUCUCAAAGAGAGUUACCAACACUUAAAGCCAUGAGAUUAAGCUCCACUUAGGGCUUUGUUACACCCAUACUAACUAGAUUCUCUGUUUGUAUACAUGUUAAGAUUUUCCCUACCACGUGUUUCAAACAUUACAAAGUCCGUUAGUUUAACAAUCUGCUGUAUCAUAGAGUACUGGAGCUUUAAAAUAACUACAGAUCUACAGACAUUUUUUUAAACAAAAGCUGCUGUUAGCAACAGAGAGACAGACAGCGCUGUCUAAAUUGCACAAUCAUGCUGUCAAUGUUUCAUUGUGCAAUAUAGAAGGUGUGCAGGAGUAUGUUUGCACUUUUUGGUCAUUAAAAACAAGAAAUUACCCAAAAUGGAGUGCCUAGGAUUUCUACUUUUGAUGAAGUGGUAUCAAAAACAGCUAUUGAUAGUUUCAUUUUCACUAGUAUCAUAUCUGCGUUUACAUUUCUGUUGUCCUGACAACCGAAAUAUGUACAGCCUUCAAUAUUUUAUUUUGAAAUGUAGUGCCUCAGUUCCUCUAUUUCAUUUCUAACCUCUCCGACCACACCCCUUACCUCCUAUUGAAUGUUAAUCCAGCUUUUGCACAAGUUCCUCAAUGGGAGAAGACGAAAUGUCAGGAGAAAACGCUACAUGUAUGGGUCUUCAUGGUAAAGUAAUUAGAGCCUGACCGAUUAAUCGGCCAGCUGAUAAUAUCGGCCGCUUUUAGUGUAUCAAGUGACUAUCGGUUAAUUUUACCGCAGCUGUUACUAGAUUUAUUUACUAGUCAAAUAGCAUUUCGUUUGAGUUUCAUUGUCAUAAACUAGCAGUUCUCUAUCACCAGCAGUGUGUGCUAUAUGGAUUACAACAAGCUUGUUGAGCCGUGAUGCACGCACAUGUGCAGUAACUUUCCAGUUAAGUGACCAUCUUGUCUUCAUUAUACCUUCUGUAAACCUUCUGUAUGUUGAUGCUGGAGACACAAUAGACAAGGAUUAGGCACAGAUAAAGGUUUAUACAUCUGACUUACAUGUUAGUUUUUAUCCAAAGGUGUUGUGUUCUCUGUGAUCGUUUGUUUUUCUGCUGAUUUUGUAAUCUGUUUGCGGUUAAACACACUCAUGUAAUGAAGACGUACUCUGAGAGCCAUACAUCUUUGUAGUGUCUUGGACUUAUAGAAAUGUAAUAUCAUGUAAAGUUGUCAAAUUCUAACUUAUUAAACCUGUAAAGG